UCCACUACAGAGGGGGAACACCACACCACAGACAGCUGAAGAUGAAGUUUGAGAAGGUUCUGACCGAGGCCGAUGGCUUUGGACGUUACCAGAUUGCGCUCUUCUUUCUGUUGGUUCUCCCGCGCCUCACCCUCCCAUGUCACUUCCUGCUGAAUAACUUCAUUGCCGCCACGCCGCCUCAUCACUGCGACAUCAGCUCUCUGGACUCUGGUGGUGAGACUCUGAGCCAGGAGCAGAGACUGACCAUCAACAUUCCGAAAGAGGAAGACGGAACCUUCACUUCCUGUCACAUGUUCCUAAAACCUCAGUUUUAUCUGCUAACAAACUCUUCUAAUGCUACAGAACUUCCUGUGGUUCCGUGUCAGAGCGGAUGGGUGUAUGACUCCAGCACUUUCAAGUCCACUGUGGUCACGCAGUUUGACCUGGUGUGUAACACAAAGGGACUAACCAGAGCCUCGGCCACCGUCUUCUUCAUCGGCGUGAUGUUCGGAGCCGUCUUCUUCGGUGUUCUCUGUGACAAGUACGGCCGUAAGUCCAUACUGCUGCUUUCCUACAUCUCAGCCAUGGUCUUCAGUGUGGCCAGUGCCGUGUCUACCAGCUUCAUCAUGUUUGUGGCGUUCCGCUUCCUGACGGGAUUCAGCCUGUCCGGAAUCAGUACAGUGGCCAUCGUUCUCAGUAUCGAGUGGGUGGACAUUAAGCAUCGCACCAUUAUCGGUGUGGCCAGCAGUGUUGUCUGGACAGUGGGUAAUUCCAUGCUAGCGGGCAUUGCCUACCUGAUCACUGAUUGGAGGAUACUGAUACUUACUGUCUCCUCCCCCCUUGUGAUCGCGGUGGCAACCUGGUGGCUGCUCCCAGAGUCGGCUCGUUGGCUGAUUGUGAAUGGAAAGACAGCAGAAGCGUAUAAAUACCUGCAGAAGUGUGCGAGAGUUAACAGGAGAUCAGAUUUCCCAUCCACAGUCCAGCCUCAGACUCUGUGUGAUGUAUCAGGAGAUAAACAGAGUCGUAAUUAUACAUAUUUAGACCUCGUCAAAACUCCACGUUUGAGGAGAAUCACCAUCUACACCGGUAUUGUGUGGUAUGGCGUGGCCUCCACGUACUACGGCAUCAGUUUAAACAUCACAGGCUUUGGGCUGGACCUUUACCUCACACACUUCAUCUAUGCCACCAUCGAGCUGCCCGCUAAAUUAAUCAUUUACUUCAGUCUGAAGAAAUUCGGACGAAGAGUCAAUCAAGUAGGAACGCUGAUCCUCACAGGAGUGUGUAUCAUCAUCAACAUAAUCACCCCUACAGAGUUCUGGACAUUUCGCACAGUUAUAGCGGUGUUGGGUAAAGGCCUGUCAGAAGCUUCCUUCACCACUAUGAUCCUCUACACCACUGAGCUUUACCCUACUGUGUUACGACAGAACGGUUUGGGUUAUGACAGUUUUAUUGGUCGAUUGGGAGCAUCCAUGUCUCCUCUGGUCAUGCUGCUGGAGGACGUCUGGCUCCACCUCCCUCAGGUUGUGUUUGGUGUCAUGGCUGUGAUGUCUGGUCUCGUGGCUCUCCUACUUCCUGAGACCAACAACGCUCGCCUGCCGGAGACCAUUGAGGACAUCGAGCAGACCAGACAGAGAUCAUUCAGCAUGAACACACAGGAGCAGAGUAAAUCUCCACUGAAAACAGACAAGACUGAAGACACUGUGCAAUAACACACACACAUACACACACACACACAGAGUUUUAUUUUAAUUUCCUCUGUAAUAUCCCCCUGAAUAAAGACACAGUUCUCUGA